AUGGCCAGUCGUGUACACUAUGACAGCAAGACCUGCCCCUACGCGCAGCGCUCCUGGAUCACGCUGCUGGAGAAGGGCCUGCCCUUCGAGAUCAGGCUCGUGGAUCUGAACGACAAGGACGAGGAGUUUGUGAAGCGGUACCACAGCAUUAACCCUGACCAGGCGGCGCCAGCCAAGGUGCCUAUCCUCAUCGAGCCAGACGGCACACAGCUGAUCGAGUCGCUCGUCAUCUGUGAGUAUCUGGAGCAGCGCUACCCUCAGGUGCCCCUCCUCCCCGCCGACGCCGUCCAGGCAGCCAAGGUCCGCCUGUUCGUCGACGCCUUCAGCGCCCAGCUCACCCCCGCCCUCUUCGGCCUGCUGCGCGCGGCCGACGCCGAGGCGGUGGCGGCGGGCAAAGCCAAGCUGGAGUCGGCGCUCAAGGUGCUGGAUGCCUUCCUCACCCAGCACGGCAGCCAGGAGGGCGGCGACUAUUUCCUGGGCCCCACCUACUCGCUGGCAGAGGUGGCCACCGUCGGCUUUGUGCAGCGCUCCCUGUCCGCCCUGCCCGCCUUUCGCGGCGUCGACCUGUGGGAGCUUGUGCGCCAGAACAAGCUGGGCAGGCUGGAGCGCUGGAUGGAGGCGUCGCUGGCCCGCCCCUCUGCGCAGCAAACCAGACCAGACGAGGAGGUCACUGUCAACGGCUGGCGCAAGUUUGUCACGCCGCUGGCCAACUGA